GGAACUACCUCAUCAUGCCAUCAGGGAACCUGCAGAUAGCCAAUGCCACGCAGGACGAUGAGGGGCCGUACAAGUGUGCUGCCUACAACCCCGUCACUCAGGAGGUCAAAACAUCAACCUCUGCUGACCGCCUGCGCAUUCGACGCUCCACCUCAGAGGCAGCUCGCAUCAUUUACCCACCGGCGUCUCGUUCCAUCAUGGUGACCAAAGGCCAGCGGCUGGUGCUGGAGUGCGUGGCCAGUGGCAUUCCCACUCCUCAGGUCAAAUGGGCAAAAGAUGGGCAGGACCUGCGCUCCCAUAACAACACGCGCUUCCUGCUCAGCAACCUACUGAUCGAUGCGGUGGGCGAGGCCGACUCGGGCACUUACAUCUGCAGAGCGGACAAUGGCAUAGAGUCUGGCGGCUCUGCAACGGUGCUUUAUGAUGUGCAAGUGUUUG